AAAAAUAAGAAAACAAUAUGGUUUCCAUCAACAAAAUUUGGCGAACUUAUAUCCGGCAUGAAUAUUAUUCAAACUCUUAAUAAUUUCAAUCAGAUCGUCAAAUUGUUAAAUGAAAAUAAGCAACUUACAAAAUAUACAAAAUAAUAUAUCUGAUCUUGUAGCAAAAAUUGAAUAUCUGUAUAUAAGUUCUUGGGAAAACAAACAUCAAUUAUAUGCUGUUGAUAGCGAUUGCUACCGAUAAUUUUUAGAUCGAAUUAAUUAAUGGAACUUGUGGCACUAUUCCUUGGAUAAUAGCACUCGUAUUUAGUGUGUCCUUCUUCGCUAUGUGAAAAUUCUACAGGUUAUUUUCAAAAUGAGUGCUAAAGAUUCUAACGAGUUUAAUGUGCUCCAGUUCGAAAAGAAAUUGACUGCAUUGAAGGAUUCUCAAGAAAGCAUUAACAAUUGUUGUCAGUGGUGCUUAAGUAAUAGACAACAUCAUAAGAAGAUUGUUAAUUCAUGGCUUAAUGUAUUGAAAAGGGUCAAAGUUGAACAUAGACUUAUUUUAUUCUAUUUGGCUAAUGAUGUUAUACAAUACUCAAAAAGGAAAAAAUAUGAAUAUGUGGAAAGUUGGGGAACUGCCUUACAAAAAGCUACGACUUUGGUUAGAGAUGAAAAGGUGAAACAAAAGAUUCUUAGAAUUUUCAAGAUAUGGGAAGAUCGAAACAUUUAUAAUGAAGAAUUCAUAGCAGAUUUGUGUGGACUCAUAAGUGUGACCCCUACUGCUCCCAAAAAUGAUGAACCACAUGAGUUCCAAUCAUCUUAUGUUAUUAACAAAAUUAGGGUUUGUACCAAUUUGGAGAAUGAUACAGACGUAAAACUGAAGAAACUGAACGAACUUCAUCCCAAAAUUCUUGAGACUGAAUCUUACUAUACUUCUCUCAAAGAUCGUGCCCAUUUGGAUGAUGCAGAAAAGGAUUUAGAUUGUUAUGUUAGUUCUAUGGAAGAUUAUAUAAAUGCCCUCAAAGUUGAAAUCAAAAAUAGAAUUAAUUUGAUAUCCGUAUUGAAGCAAGCUGAAGGUCAAUUGGAUACUGAUAGAAAAGACGUUAAAGUUGUAGCUAAUGCAUACAAAGCUUAUGGUACAAGAGUUAAAACAUUUCAAAAGAAAUUAGAAGAACAUAAGGCAACUCUUGCAAGUCCCAUUCCAUCUCCCGAUGUAAAUGCACCUUCUCCCACUUCGGAUACAGAUAUUGAGUUGCCUGAUCCACAAACAUCUGCACCUCAAGAAACGCAUCAAGUAGAACCAGCUAAAACAGAGGCAUCUUCAGCCGAAGAAAUGACUGAGAACAUCACAAAUGAAUUGAUUUCGUCUGAAUUAAAAAUUGGGGAGCAGACAUCUUCGUCACAUGCUUCAGAAAUAGAUUUAAUGAAUAUUCAAAUCACAAAUGCAAACUAUUACAACCCAGUGCCAGCUCCUGUAACAGAAACCACUGCUCCAUUUUUGGCCAACGGUUUCACUAGUUUUAUUGGAUCCAAUUUACCCUUUAAUGUACAAAAUUUCAAUUCGUCAGACUUAUUCAGUACAAAUUCUACUAGUACAGCACCGCAAACAACAAAUUCAAAUUUCGGUAGCCUUCCUUCCGUAAUUCCUUCAUUGAGUCAAACAAUUCCUGAGAUCUUGCAACCCCCAUUACCCCCAAAGACUGAGCCCUUCUCUUAUCCCUCGAAUACACACUCGAUACCACUGUUACCGCCGCCGAUGCCACCAUUUGGAGCUAAGGAGGAUACGAAUUUUACCAACGGUGGAAAUUACGAAACCAGAUACGAUAACGAGACUGUUUCAGAUUAUGGUCCGCCAUCUUUCAAUGCCAACACAUCCUAUGGGGCCGAGGCCAACUAUCCCCCUGCGUACAGUAACACACCGGCAGACUCGAGCUACGACCCAAUAACGACUUUGUUCUCCAACGAACCAACUUUCGAAACCCCCAUCGGUGCCAAUCCGUACCCUCCCAGUGAAGAAUACAACCCGGAGGAGGAUAUUCAGACGUGGGACGGUGAUCUGAGUUGGGCUCCACCGCCUUUGGACAACACAGAUACGCCGGAAAGCCCGCCCCCGUUCGAAAAAGAGGCCUUUGGAGAUCCUAUAGAAUACCACGAUAACAUAGCGAGUAGUGGGGCGGCUGACGUUGACCAUAGGGUGUUGCCUUCUAAUCUUAUGGAUACUGGUAAAAUGCCUGGGAGAAACCAGGACGUUGAUCACAGGAAUUUGAUUAGUUUGAUAGGAUCCCCUGCCACUGAUUCGAAUUCAAAUCAAUUAUGUAACAGUGAGGGUUGGUCAGGAGGUGAUCAGGAUUACCGACAAUCAGGCGAUAAAGAUUAUAGAUUGCCAUUCGAUAUUGGAGAACAGUUAAAACUACCACCGCCACCUCCGCCGCCAAAUCCACAUGCUUGUCCGAUACCAGUAGUUUCAGGCAUGAAUCAUAGCAAAAAACUUGGUUUAUCAUUUCCACAAGAUAAUGUAGAAAGUAUUGAUAUGGAACUCAGCGAUGAGGAAGCUCAAGAGGGAAAGGAUCAUUCUAAUCAUAAUCCGCAUAGAGAAAACUUGCGUGUUGUAAUUGACGGAAUCAUAGGUUCAAACAGCAAUUCACAGUCGUUGAAAUCACCAAUAGAUUUGAACUCACGAUCAAACAGUCAAGACGGUAUGACCUCCUUUGCUUCAAAUAAAUCCGAUUUGCCAUUAAUGCUUGAGCCUCCCCCACCUUUACCCGAACUUCCUGAUGAUGCGGAAGAAAAUUUGUUGCUAGAUCAGAUGAACAAUGACAUAAACGAUUUUCUUCUGAAUCCAGAAGAUUUAGAAGAGAAUUUAUCAGAACCUUUCUGGAAUUCUGAUUCUGGAAAUCUUCAACCUCCCCCAAUGUUUCAACAUAUGAAUUCAAUACCCCCUCCCCCUAUGGCACCACCUAUGAAUUGGAUGGGAGAUCACCCAUCAAGUUUUCAGCCAUCUUAUAAUAAUGGCCCCUAUCAGGGGGGUAAAAACUUCAAGAGGAAUAAGUUCAUGAAUAAUAGAGGUACGCCAAGAGGAAGGGGAGGUUUCAUGGGUAACUUCAAUGACAACUAUUCCAAUCGAGGGAGUGGAAACAACUUUAGAGGACGUGGCAGAGGAAAUGCUAGAUUUCCAUGGGGCAACAACUUUAGAGGCAAUAGAGGUCAUAGAGGGGGAUAUUGAAUCACCUUAUUGUACAGAAAAUUCUGAAAAGGUAAGAGCCACAUCUGUAUGGAAAAAGGAGAGACACCAUUAUAAUAAUUGUUCAAAAACAAUCUUUCUAAAUUUUAGAAGGAACUGAAGUUUUUGUUUUGUCUCUAUGAGAAUAUUCACAGAUUUGCAGAUUGUACAUAUUAGUUGUAAAGUUGAUAAUUUUUUUCUCUAUAGAAUAUAGAUCUCUAUCAUUUCAAAAGAAUUUUAAAUUUCAAUAAUGGUUGCUAAUAUUUUUCAGGAUAUUUGGUAUUUAUAUAAUAGAGCAGUUGGUAUUUCAUAAACUUUGUUUGAAUCGUUAAUUAUAAAGUUUGUAUCCAAUUAUUUCCCUUAUUCAUUCCUAUCACCUAAUGAAUUUACACUCAUCCAUAUAACUACGAUGGGAGCUACAUUUGUAUUCCUUUUUGUAUUAAUUUUAUAAUCUCAUAAUAGGUAACAAUAGGGAGAAUGCGCCUUUUAUCUCCUCAUCGUGAUUAAUUGAAUUCAGAAAUGAACCAUUUAGAUACAUAGAAAAUGUAUACCGCAUAGUGUAUUAUGCUUCUCAAUGUAAAAUAUUGUUCAAAAUAAAUUAUGUUGUUUGGGUUCUUAUGUACAAUUUUGAAUAUAUAUCAUUUAGGAGUUUUCAUAACUGCUGGCUGAAGAAAUAUGA